AUGGUAUUAUCCUCAAUGCUUUUGCGUCAUUUAUCAAGGAGUGCCUUUCGGAAGCAGACGGAAAUUUUUGAGCGCCCUCACGAUCGUGCUCAUCGCUCUCAAGGUGCAGCAGCAGCUUCAAUAAAUUUCUAUGAAAAUCGACGGCGUGGCUAUCAUCCACUAUCGACGAGAAGUUUCUCGCAAAGUCACUGCGAAACGAGGAUUCCAUCUCCGGAUGGUCCGGAAGAUCAGCGGCAAGCACUGCCGUCAAUGGGCACCGAUCAAGAUCGUCAUCUGAGUGAUCCGCAUGAUGUGGUGGCCAACAAGGACACCAAUAAUAAUAACGAUAGUAAUUUAUCGUCGCCAUCGUCGUCGUCACAAUCUUCCUCCAUACAGUUAACCGAAUGUCGUGUUGUACUGGUGGGUGACUAUAAGAGUGGUGUGAGCACACUGCGCAGUGAAUUCAUUCGAAUGAAUGACUCAAGAAGCCCUAAAGCAGAGUCCGAUUUUGAGGUA